UGUAUCCCUGUUGAUUCGAUUUCUUCUUUAUGUUUUGUCUGGCUCGCCUUGGUACUUAGCUACUACAGUACCGAACAAGCUUGCUCUCCAUUGUUUUUCCGCUCGUUCUUGGCACAGGUGCCGACAAUCGGGAAAGCUCGUCCAUCGCCACCGGUCCCGCUCCGAAAAGACUGAAGGCAUCUGCGCCCGAUCCUGGCAGCCUUGCCUUGGAAGAACAAGGUACAGGGGCUCCCGACGGAAACCUGCCCGGCCCCCCCUCGGGAACAAGAGGCGGAGCGACACUGUCAUCGUCUUCGGCAGUUGGUGUCCCGCCGAUUGCAUCCUCGACUAGUAGCGUAGUGGAUGUUGAACAAAGGAAGAAGCGACUGGAAAUUUUCACGGGUUUUGAGGACAUCGUGCUGCUCCGACCCAAAACCCCGGAUCGUUCCGAAGUCUGGCGACUCCUUGAGAAGGAAUACCCCUGCUUCUGGAUGCCCGGCUACGAAUCCAACCUGAAAAAGUACUGCACCGGGGAGGAGUUGCGGUACCGGCUAAGCAUGAACGACGAGACCUUGCAGGAGGUGCUGCGGGCCAGCACCCAGAUCGUGCGGACCGCCGGGAAGGGGUACCAGUUCCUGGACACCGCCGCACACGAUAAGCUUAUCCAAGAAAAAAACUGUGUUAGUGUACCUUUCUUUGGCUGACAGCAUCACAAAUUUGCUCCACAUGACAGAGAAAACCUGUCAUGCGUGGCUUGUAAGGGAAAACACACACGAAAGGAGGACUUCAUGGCUGUCUGGCAUGACAGGCGUAACCCUAUUGCAUGUUCUGCAUUACAGAGUUACACUUACACAGUUUUUUUCUUGCAUAAAGCUACUGGAAACGCUACUGUGGAUGCAGAGCUCGGAGGAGUACAUGGACCAGGAGAAGAAAACGUUCCACCUAGACAAGUGUGUGUACGGAUUUCAGUACGAAUUCGAGCUGGAGUUUCUGGUGACCGAGCCGAUGGUGGCCACCAUGCUGCGUGCCGUCUGCGUACAGGAGGACGAAAUGACUGGGGACUGCAAAUCGUUCCUGCGCUAUGCCAGAAAAAAGCACGAAUCACAUUCAUUUUUGCACUUUUUUUUUUUGCAAAGAAAAAAACUUUGUCCUCAUGCGCAAAAAUGCCCCAAAGUCAAGACUAAUUUUACGCGAUUUCUGUUAAACUUUUCAGUUUGCAAAUAUACAAGAAGAAAACUUUAUCACGCCAGACAAUUUUUUUCUGAAGAUGCGAAACUUGCAAAAGUGUGACUGUGGUGGCGUCUUUCCUUGGAUAUGCGCGACACUGCGAAGGUGCUGCGUAUCCUGGCACGUCAGAUUUUCGACACAGCGCAGGCCACCUCAGUACCGCUUGUCGAUUUUCUGACUAAGUGGACAGAGCAGCUUCCAGUCGACUUUCUCGAGAUGCAGCUGACGCGCGACCACAUCAAGCCACCUUUUUUCGUGAUUCGAGACAAAGUGAUUCGUGCAGAACUCGAACUGUUGCCCGACGAGAGUCGGGCCCGGUUGGAGCGCCUCUUCGCGCUCUCACCAAUCUGGUACCAGAAAGACCUGGAAUUCCUCCUUCAGCCCGUUCUCCCCACCGGAGUGAAGUCGGCUGGUAAGCAGCAAAAAAGUGUUGUUAGUUGUAGCACUAACAAAUUGUUGACCGCUGAAUGUUCAAAAGAGUCGAGCAUUCACGACGCCUGUGUGUUGAGGACCGCUUUCGGCUUUGCGCAUGGUGCUCUCGGAUAUUCAUUGUUCAUUGCCGAGGAAAUUAUUAUCAAAAACGAAAAUCAAAAUGCAAAUAACAGCUUGGCUUCUGAAGCACGCCAGAUCCGCGUAUAUUCGCAAUCCGAGCACCGGAGGAGAGGAGGUGAUGUUUGUAUCGAAGUUUGGGACGCUUCCAGACACAGUGAAGAGUUAAUACCUUGCCACGAUGAAACUACUUCCACUUCGCAAUGCAGAUGGCGCAUAUCCUCUUGCGCAGGAAGUUUUUGCAUAUCCUCCGGCGCUUAG